AAAUUUCUUGAAUUUUCGUUUUGUUUAAUGCGAGAGGGAGGGGGCAUUGAAUGCGAGAUAACGCAUUCUCGCUCGCUUCAUAACAAGUCGCAAUCUUGAUUCUUGAGUGGCAAAUCAAACACAAUUGUUGAUUUUGCGCAUCAACUGUUUGUUUAAAUGCCACAACGAUCUCCUUCAUAAGAUAGAUUUCUUUCCAUUCUUCUUUUGCUUCUAAUUUCUAGUUUCUUGAUCUGUAGUUUCAGAAAUUCUCUUGGAUUUGAAAAAAAAACCCAUAAUUUAUUUUGGUUAUCCAUCCAUCCAUCUAUCUCGGGCACCAUUCUGUUAAUUAUUAUUCAAUUCUUUAAGAAAUUUCAUUAUAGUUGAAGAUCAGGUCAACUUGAUGCCAUCUCCCAUUUGACUGCAUCUUCCCAAAUCCUUGCCUUUCUCUUCGGAGUUUCUUUCCUUUUUCAGACCAUGGAUGGCGCAAGGAAUGAGCGCCUUGAUUAUGGGAAGAUGGGUUAUGGAUGCAAGCAUUACAGAAGGAGAUGCAAGAUCAGAGCACCCUGCUGUAACGAGGUGUUUGGUUGUCGCCAUUGUCACAAUGAAGCAAUGAAUUCAUUGAAAAGCCCCGUGGAUCGUCAUGAAAUUAAUCGAUAUGAUAUUAAGAAGGUCAUCUGCUCGGUUUGUGACACAGAGCAACCGAUAGCCCGUAAAUGUUCUAGUUGUGGAGUUAACAUGGGAGAAUACUUUUGUAAAAUAUGCAAGUUCUUCGACGAUGAUAUUGAGAAGAAGCAGUUUCAUUGUUUUGAUUGUGGGAUAUGCAGAGUUGGUGGUCGCGAUAACUUUUUCCACUGCAAGAAGUGUGGAUCGUGUUAUUCGAUUAGUUUGCUUGAUAAUCACUUGUGCGUGGAGAAUUCAAUGCGACAUCACUGUCCAAUUUGUUAUGAGUACCUAUUUGAUUCGUUGAAAGACACGACUGUAAUGAAAUGCGGGCAUACAAUGCAUUGUGAAUGUUACGACGAGAUGAUAAAGCACGACAAAUAUUGCUGUCCCAUUUGCUCGAAAUCUGUCAUCGAUAUGUCCAGAACCUGGAAGAGGAUUGACGAAGAGAUUGAAGCAACUGCCAUGCCCGAGGUCUACAGGAACAAGAAGGUUUGGAUACUUUGUAACGAUUGCAACGAUACAACAGAAGUAGCGUUUCAUAUACUCGGGCAUAAAUGUGGGAAUUGUCAAUCUUACAACUCAAGGAUUAUUCGAGCUCCGGUUCUAAACCCCCACUCACUGACAGAAUGAUGAUAAUAUCUUACGCCUUCGAUUUCCUUAUUUUAGUACAAAAGGAAAAUCGUAGACAAUAGUUAUACUACUACACUUGCACAUGUAAUCAAAUCAAUCAAUAUUAAGUAGUGGACUUCAAUUCAAAUAUGUUCUCUUUGAUAGUGUAUAAUGUGAAAGAAAUUCAACUGUUUUUCUGUUACCUUUUUAGUCUAAUAUCAAUUGGAAAUUUUCGA